AUGGGCAAACAAAUGGCUGAAAUAAUGGCUCAUCGAGCCGACGACGAUAAUGGCCCCGAUAUGUUCGACUCCACCGAGCUGCUGGGCGACCUCUUGACCCUCCUCGACGCGGAACCCACUCCCGUCGAAAGCGACGAGACAUACAAGGUCCCCGGACCUCUCAAGUCUAAGGAGUGCACCCGGGACACUUGCUGUGUGUGGAAGUCCAUCGCCGACGAGAUGGCGGCGCAGUUCCGGGGGUCCUCGGGACGUUGUAGUCGGUUCGCCCGCAUGGCUGUGCGACUGGGCUUCCACGAUACCGGGGCAUGGUCCAAAGACUUUGCCGGCCAGACGGGCGGCGGUGACGGGUCUAUCUGUCUGACGUCCGAGGUCACGCAAUCGGAAAACAAUGGUCUCCAGGACAUGUGCGCGAAGAUGAACCAGUGGUACAACAAGUGGAAGAAGCAAUUCGGAUACAGCUCCGUCACUAUGGCGGAUCUCAUCCAAAUGGGCGCGAAUGUUGCGACCGUUGUCUGGAAUCUUGCCCGCCCUCACGGCCUCGUGGCUCUCGUCGUCGCGCACACCACUAGCCAGCAGAACUUGGCGGAUACAUCGCGAGCUGGUGACCCGCAGGACAGCACGCCUGGUGUUUGGGAUGUGUUGUUCUACGGUCAGACUCAGGGAACGGCACGGACACCCAAGCGAGUCUUCAAAUUCUCCAGUGACAUAGCUCUGUCCCAACAUCCCAAGACCAAGCCUGAGUGGCAAGAGUUCGCUGGCAAUGGUGACCAGAAGCACUGGAAUGAGGACUACGCCAGGGAAUACAUCCGUCUCAGCCUCCUGGGCGUGCUACCUCCCGCUGUCAGGAAAACGUCGUAUCGGGCUCCUGAUCAGGAUAUGGCCGACAAGUGGCUUUCCACCCUGGCCAGAUCAUCCACGGCCAAGAAGGUUGCCGAUAUACUGGAAAGAGGCGAGGCUAUUAUGGCUUCUGCGAUCAACCUGACCCGGGACCUUUCCACGUAG